UUCUCUACCCCCUUUAUUUAUAUCUCUUUAUCAUAUCCCAUUUCUUUCUCUUUCUAUUUCUUUCAGAUACUGGAACUUGGAGCUAAAUUUUCUAGAAGGGAAUGAAGAGAAAGUGUUGAAGGAAUUUAAUUCUUUGCCGAACAUCAAGAACAUUAAGUGGAUUCUUUGUAUUUUGACGAAGUGGAAGAAACAAGAGGAAAAAUAGCUUCUUUUGAUGGGCAUAAGAAGAGAUCAAGAGAGAUCAUGACAUGGUGCAAUGAGUCUGAAGAUGAAGAAAGAUCGGCUAUUCAGAUUACUACUACACCUGAAGAAAACAGUACCAGUUUUAUCGCCACUCAAUCCGAUGAAAUUCGUACCAUAACUUGCCCUUCUUGUGGCCAUACCAUACAGUAUCAAGAUCAGGCGGGAAUUCAUUAUUUGCCGGGGCUACCAGCAGGGGUGAAGUUUGAUCCAACUGAUAAUGAGAUUCUGGAACAUUUAGAGGCCAAAGUAUUGUCUGAUUGGCGGAAAAUUCAUCCUCUAAUCGAUGAAUUUAUUCCAACGCUAGAGGGUGAGAAUGGAAUUUGUUAUACUCAUCCAGAGAGGCUACCGGGAGUAAGCAAAGAUGGUCAACUCCGUCAUUUCUUUCAUCGACCAUCGAAGGCAUACACCACUGGAACUAGAAAACGAAGGAAAGUACAUACCGAUGAAGACGGGAGCGAGACAAGGUGGCACAAAACAGGCAAAACUAGGGCAGUUUUUGUUGGUGGAACAGUGAAAGGAUUUAAAAAAAUUUUAGUUCUCUACACCAACUAUGGCAGGCAAAAAAAGCCCGAGAAGACAAACUGGGUGAUGCACCAAUACCAUCUUGGCAACAAUGAAGAAGAGAAAGAUGGAGAGUUGGUGGUUUCAAAAGUUUUCUACCAAACUCAACCUAGACAAUGUGGUUCAAGCAUUAAAGAUUCAGUUGAGAUAAAAGUAAAAGAGCGAAGUGGGCAUAUUCCUUUGCCUAUGAGUUCAAAUCCCAUUGAUUAUUACAACCCACCAGCUUAUAUUUCAUAUGAUCAUCAAGGGAGCUGCCAUAAUAGAGAAAGCCCACCUCAGCUAAUUCCAAACUUGGUUGUUCAAGGUGAUGGGUCUUCAUUUAUUCGAUUAGCCGCUGAUACAAGCAAAGGAAAUCUUGAAAGGAAAUAGAGAGAAUUUGGUAGGUAGCAAUGACAAGGAGUCGUUUGGUUGUUGCUAUUCUGUUUGGUAACAGUGAGAAUGAGAUGAAGGAUCAGUAUCAAAUACUGAUCAAUGGCUACUUUUGUUAAUUUUAUAUAGUAUAUUAUAUAAAGCUAGGCAUGCUCUCUUUGGAAGAUUCGGCCAUCACACUCUUCUAACAGAUUUUAAGCAGAAAUUGAAGCUAGCGAAGGGUGCAUUCACUAUUUGCAGAUAAAAGUGCCCACCAUUUUAUGUCGGAGGUGUACAAAGAAUAUUAAUUUUGUUUUUAUGUAAUUGAUAAUUAGGAAGACCUAUAGAGAUUGUAUUUCGUAUUGUAUUAUGAUCAUACGUUGUUCUUUGAGAAACUUAUGAUUGUAAAGAGAUAUGUGUAAGCUACCAUUUUUUAUUAGCUAGGAAUAAUACAGUAUUUGGAUUUCAUGGGAAAAA